UUUUAGUCGAUUUACAUUUACUUUUGAAAAACGCAGGACCAAGCAAAAUUAUGCUGAAACAUCCAACAACCCGCAGAAAGAAGUCUCUGCCGCCCAGGGCCCCUCACGUCCCCAUAAUCGAGCGUCCCUCGAAAGGAAGAAGCGCCAGUCCCCUGAGGAUGUCCCACAUCCAGCGGCAGCCGGAGCACCAGGGCUGGUCGAAUCCUGGCCAGAAUGUGUCAGACGACCUGAAGCAACGUCUUCUGGCACUCCAAAUGCAAGUGAGUGCGUGGAAGGCCAUCAAGAAAUAGAUUCAAGAUUUGCUAUUUAUUUUACAACAGAGUUUAAGUGAAGGUCCACAAUAAAUUGUUACGGCUCCA